AUGUCUUCCCGUGAUUCAAAUCGCGGCCGUGGAGAUUCACGAGGCGGCCGACGCGACUCUGUGACUGGCCCACGACCCUCGACCCCAACCAGAGAAGGUUCCCGGCCUACCACACCUACCGGUGCUGGCGAUGCUCCUCUCCGAUCUCGCAGCCCGCAGAGAUCUCCAAGCCCCGAACGAAGCGGGCGAGGCGGAAGUUCCGUGAGAGGACAAUCGUCAGGCCCUCCUCGAGGUGGCCCUCAGCAGCGUGGUGGCCCUCAGCAGCGUGGUGGCUCCCAGUCGCAUGGUGGCUCUGGAGGUCCUCGCCCGGACUAUCAAAGUACCCCGACUGUCAAGGCAGAUAGACAGGUGAUGUUCACUGCUUCGCCUCCCGACAAGCAGAUAGCGGACUUCGAGAAAAAGUCCUUGGAAUCCAAGAAGAACAUCAAGCAAGAGCCCCAGCGAGAUCUUCGAAACAAAAAGACCAAGGCAGAGAGGGGUCAAUUGCCGAUUCAUGUCGAUUUGGUUCGCCGUCCCGGUUAUGGCACCAAGGGAAAAUCAACCAACGUCCGCGCCAACUUUUUCUCAAUGAUUUUCAAGCCAGAUGCCAAAUUUUACGCAUACAGUGUGAAGAUCGUUCCGGAGCCCACUCACAAGCGUCAUAUCCGACAGAUCUUCAAGCAACUCGUGCUUAGAUGUCCUGAAAUCAAGGACUGCAUGCCUGCGACAGACGAGACUCAGUGGAUCGUGACCUGCAAGCCGAUCCCCUUGAAAGAGACAACCGCCAGAUGUGAUCCUACCAAAUGUGAUCCUGGGGAACAAGAAUGGGCUCACACUUACACUGUUGCCUUCACUCUACAGGACGAGAAACCCAUUCCCUUGAAAGGUCUACUUGAUGGGCUUGCAAACCCCGACAUCCAUGAGAAAGUCACAGACGAGGACUAUGUUGUUCAGCUUCUCAACAUUUUCAUGACAAGCUUCGCUUACGGUGACCCAGGCGUCACAAAUGUUGGCAAAGGUCGACUCAAGUUCUUCUACACCGAUAAUCGUCAAGAAAGCAUGAACCUGACUGGUGGACUUGAAGUUCUCCGCGGCGUCAUCUCAAGUGUGCGCCCGGCUGCCAAACAAAUUUUGCUAAACCUCGGUGUCAGCAAUAGUGCUUUCUACCAGCAUAUGAAUUUGGCCGUCUACAUCGAGGAGGUUCUUCGAGGAAAUUUCAAUGAUCUCGAAACUCUGAACCGAUAUCUUCGCACUGUCAAGAUCGAACUCAGACAUUCGCCUAAGAUCUACGAUGAUGAUUGCAAACAAGUUCACCGCGUCGGCACUGUUUGGGGAUUGGCAAGCAAGGAAGAUGAAACAAAAUACGUUCCCAACAAAGACAGCAAAGACAGAAAGGAUCACAAGCCUCCCCAAGUCAAAUCGUUUGGCGCCGGUCCAGACGACGUGCGAUUCUGGUUUACCGAGGAAGGACAAUCGAAUGGCCGCUACGUGACUGUCACGGAUUUUUUCAAACGAAAAUACGAUGUCACGUUGAAGGACAAGAAGAAACCAGUGGUCAAUAUCGGGAACCACCAGAGGGCUGUCUACAUUCCCUCCGAGGUUGCCUGGAUCAAGAAAGGGCAUGUUUUCAACGGCGAGCUGUCUACUGCGCAGCGACAGAAUAUCAUCAAGUUUAGCUGUCGCCAACCACCGGACAACUUUGAGACCAUCCGAACUCUUGGCCGAGGCAUUAUGGGAAUGUCCGGUAAUUACUUCCGCGACAGACAAAUCAAAUUCUCCGACGAGAUGCUUGUCGUUCCUGCAAGGGUUCUUGAUGCCCCGGCGCUGAAGUAUGGAACUCGCACGGAAAAGCCUCAGAGGGGUGCCUGGAAUCUUGUGGGAAAGCAGUUUUCUGCAGGUGUCACUAUCGAAACCUGGGUUGUCUUGUGGAUCAAGUCUGGUGUCACCAGAAUUCCACCUGAUCAAGUCCAGACUGCCGUUGAAGGCUUCCGCAAAAAGAUGGCUGAAAUGGGCAUGCGAGUGGCACAGCGCCCCAGUCUCGAGUCCAUUGAUAUCAAGGGGCCCAUCAAAGACCAGUGCGAGGCACUCCAGGCGAGACUCAUAAGUUUGGCAGCGAAAACCCCACACCUCCUGUUGGUUGUGCUUCCCACAGGGCAAGACCGGAUUUUCCGCUUCGUCAAAUGGGCCGCUGAUUGCAAACUGGGCAUUCCGAAUCACUGCGUCCUCGUCGACAAGUUUGCCAAGGGGAAUCCUCAGUACAUGGCCAACAAUGCGUUGAAGGUUAACCUGAAGCUCGGUGGUGUCAAUCACAUCCUUGACCCUCCUGCCUCUGGAUUACUGGCCCAGGGAAAAACCAUGGUUGUCGGAAUUGAUGCUACGCAUCCGUCUGCUACUGACUGUGAAGGCUUCCCAACAGUCGCUGCCAUUGUUGCUAGCACAGACGGUCGACUUGGCCAAUGGGCAGGAGCAAGCCGCAUCCAGACUUCCAAGAAGGAGAUUCUUGAGAAUCUGCAGGAUAUGAUGGUCGGUCGUCUUCACCGCUGGCAAAAGGUCAACAAAACAUUGCCGACAAGCAUCCUCGUCUACCGUGAUGGUGUGAGUGAAGGCCAAUACAACGAAGUGAUGAAAGAGGAGAUGUCAUCGAUUCGUCAGGCCAUCCAGAAAGUCUACCAAGGCUCUUCACCGAAAAUCACCUUCAUCAUAGUCACAAAGCGCCAUCACGUUCGCUUCUACCCAACCAGUUCAGAAGGCUGCGAUGACAAGAACAACUGCAAAAAUGGCACGAUCAUUGAUCGAGUCGUGACACGCCCGUGGUACUACGAUUUCUAUCUCCAGGCACAGGCUCCCCUCCAAGGUUCGGCUCGUCCAGCUCACUACGUGGUACUUCAUGACGAGAUCUUUGCUCCGAGUUCGCGUACCGCAGCCGAUGAUCUACAGCAGCUCACACACAAUAUCUGCUACAUGAUGGCUCGCUGCACCCGUUCUAUCAGCUACGCCACCCCGGCAUUCCUCGCUGAUCGCUACUGUGACCGUGCGCGAAAGCACGUUGUUGCUUGCUACGAAUGGAAGGAGGCACAGAAUCCCCAUGCAAAACGAGCCUCACACACACCUACCCAGGCCGAUGUCUCGAUCAAUCCUCGUCUUGCAGAGACCAUGGUUUACAUUUGA